AUGGCGUCCGUCGUCCCGUCGAUUUUGAACCUCAUCACCGCCCUAGGACCGAUGACUUGCGACUUCAUCUCCGUCCAAAAAGGCCCACAUCAAACGACAAUUUGUUCAGCCAUCAUGCUGACGCUUGCAUCAUGUUAUCCCAUGUGGAUGACCGCAUAUGUGGCCCAGUUACACCCACUCAUUGCGCCAUACCGUUUCCCAAAGGUCGGGGAGAGUUUAUCCGUCUAAGCAGGGCGUAGAGGCAUACCUGUUCUGCAUCAACGAAGCAAGUGGUCGACACUCCGAGUCCGCUGUGCCAGAUGUGAGUACCCCGUCUUGUUUACUGUGCUUUCGUAGGAGUCAGGUGAGGAGGGGAUAAACUUCGCAUGGGUUGGCAGAGAAGCCUCAAUCCACGCUGACAACUGACCGUGGCAACGUGCCCACGGUGAAGUAUGUCUAGCAACCAUGUUCCAGUCAUGAAGGCCGGCAUGUAGGAAAUGAAGG